AUGACAUCUAAAGUUGUAUUUGGACUUCACAGUGGGUAUAAAGAUGUUGCAACUGGUAUGCCUCGAUCUCGCACAAGCCGUAACGCAAUAACAAGAAACCAUACAAUUUAUGAUAGGAUUGAGGUGCUUAUUUCUACCGACUUGGCGCAACCUCUUUUAAGAGAUGAUUUGACAGAUGGCGAAAAGUCUAUUAUCAACGAGAAAGUUAAUUGUGACGAUACGGCGGCCGAGGGUGAAAAUGAGCCUUACUUUGAAGACAAACCUCUCGCUGAAUUAGGAUACUCGUUUAUUGAGAAUAUCUGGGGUGGUCAACCUAUGUCUCUCAUGACCCGGAUGUAUAGUCGUGGUGGUCCUGGUCUCCCUAAUUUGGCUCCAGCAUUGAAUAGAAAACCCAGAAGAGGUCAGACUGAUAAAUUCCAUACAUAUGAUUAUUGGCCGGUGCCAACGCAGUGGUAUUCAAGUCUUUUCACCGAAGGAUUCUGGGAAAAUGUCAGGAUGUUCGGACCCGAAGCAAAGAAAAUGAGAGCAGAGAAACGAGGGAUGAGAUACCUCUCAAAAGAUCAUCCUGAUGCGAAAUCUCAGAUAGAUGAUAGUGGCAUCAGCAUUGGGUACGGGUGGCCUUACGGUCCACCUCAAACUAGGAGCCAGAUCGAAAGGUUCAUAGCCGUGAACAAAGUAAUAACGAGAAUUAGUAAACAGCAUGGUUCUUGGGAAAAAAGUGAUGAUUCAUUAGACUAUUUCAACAUAAAACCUCCGACAGUAACUUAUUCAUGUCCAAGGUGGAAUGAAAUUACUGAACAUUUAUUUAGCAAUCGUGGACUAUUGGACUUAGCAUUGGAUACUAUGGAACUUUUAUCAGAACCAACACUUUUUCAGUAUAUCAGAGACCAUGGAGGUAUCGACCUCACAUCUUUGGAGUUUCGAAGCUUUUUGGGCGUUGCUAAUCAGAAACAAGAACUAUUUUUAUGGGAGCCAUUCUCUGGCUUUAGGGUUGUGAAACGUAUUGCAGUAGGUUGGCCACCUCCAAUAGGUGGACCUGAUUCUGUAUCUUGGCCAUCACCGAUUGGUGAGCCAGAUGAAGAGGACAUGGAAACUCUGGAUAAUCUGAUGUCGGAUGAAGCGGUCCAAGAAGCUCUAUAUGAAUACUGUGGUGAAUGCAGAGACUUGGAUAUAGAAACCUUCAAAUUAUGGCUUGUUUACCGAUUCGAAAUGGAAGAAUUUGAUGGGGAGGAUGCGGAUAAGGAAUUUCGGGAUGUAAUCUGGGAAUCUAUGAGACAAGGUGGUACAUAUUUCACACUUGGCCCAAAGAACAUUAUUCGAUUUAUAUAUCCACUUGAAGAGAUAAGAGAGAAGAAAGCAGAUACAUUUACAAAAGAGAGAAUAACUGCGAUACAAGCAAGAGUAGAGGAUACUAAAAUAGAUAUAGUAUUCUUAUGA